CAAAUUCAGACUCGAGGAACUACCAUAAUACAUACGCUCUGUGCGGAGCAAAACGUGCUUCUCUUUUUGACUAUUCUGACGAGAAAAGUAACAUGCCCAUUCAACCACCAGCAUUUUCAGCGCGCCGAUUACUUGGCAUGCCGCCUAAUGCCGAAGCCAUUCAUGAUUACUUAAACACCUUGAGUAGUGAACCACUGCCAGAACCUGUCAUUAAACGGUUUCCGGAUUCCACGUACUAUUCGUACAAAUCGCUCGGAUUGUCACUAAGUUUUACACCCACCCGCAAAGGAAGCGAUAAAUUACUUCUCGACAGCAUUGACAUUUACAACGGUCAUACACGCGACGGAUUUCAGCCUUUUGUUGGUAAAGAAUAUCCUUAUGGUUUUACACCACAAACACAAGCGCACGAAAUAGUAAGUCAGCUUGGUGAACCGGAUCGAAAAGGCGGUGGCGGCACAACGCGGUUACCGUGCUGGAUCGAAUAUCAGUUUGAAGACGAAGGCAACGAUAACAAGGAUGGCGACAGGGGUAAAAGUCAAGGAGGGCUGAUGUUACAACUCCAUGGCGUGGAGUGGGAGGAUCGAGAUAUGGGUUGGACAAGUCUGGUGCUGUUCUAAGCUGUUCUCCUUUGUACAUACACACGUUUUGUGUUUUACUACCACUGUAAUACUUUAUACAUAUUAUAUCACCGCAUGCCGAAAUAUACUGCCAAACUCAAUGAUGAGGUGUGUGGCUCUACGCUAUACUCAUCAAUCGCCAACAAGAAAAGAAGAGAGGGAAUGUCACUGACAGAACGUUGUAAAAGUCAUUUAUAAGCAGAUGGAGCUUUUGUGUGCUAUUUAGUCUAACAACUACGUACGCCUUUUUAUAUUUCUUUUGAAAGUAUCGG